GAGGUAUUUUUUACUGGUUACCUGUCCACUCUAGCACAGCAUCUAAUACGCGAGCACGCGUGUUGGCUUCACUCUUGCAGCUUAUAUAUAUAUUACGUCGCAAGUCGCCCACACCGGCUCUCUGCACAGAAUCCACCGUUCUACGCGUUGCUGCGGAUCUGCGUGGAAGUCCUGUCGCCUCACGCUCCCUCCCUUUUUUUCCUCCUUCUGCCUUCGCAACCGAUAGCCCGCCAACGUAUACCGCCUUUUUCUUCUUGCUCUUCUUGUUCUUCUGUCGUUCUUUUAUACAGCUAUGCUCAGAAUGCAGCGUGAAUGCUUGCCAGUUCGUGUGAUCCGCACCGUGGUGUGCGCUGCGGUGUGCGUGCUUGCGAUGUCCCUGUGCUUCAGCGCGUACCUGGCAUCCGCAACGACAACCUUCGGCUACGCUGCUUGCGACCCCUCCGUCGUGCAGUCCAGCGGCUACAUCGACAUCCCCGGUGUGAGCGGGACACAGAAGCACUACUUCUACUGGCUGUUUGGUCCUCGUCGGUGGCCCACGGACGGCAGCCAACCGCCUGUGAUUAUGUGGAUGACGGGCGGACCCGGGUGCAGCUCAGGAUUGGCGCUAGCUAUGGAGCUGGGCCCGUGCAAAGUCAAUGAAACCUCCGGUGAGCUGCACCGCAACGCGUACGGGUGGAACGACGAGGCGUACCUGCUGUUCGUGGACCAGCCGACGGGUGUGGGCUACUCCUACGGCGACAAGGCCAACUACGUGCACAACGAGAGCGAGGUGGCGGAGGACAUGUACCACUUCCUGCAGGGCUUUGCGAGGAAGUUCACGUCGCCCUCCAUCACCGGCGCGAACGACUUCUUCAUCAUCGGCGAGAGCUACGCCGGACACUACGUUCCCGCGGUGAGCUACCGAAUCUUCCAGGGCAACCAGCGUGGUGACGGCCCCGUGAUCAACCUGAAGGGCAUCGGCAUUGGCAACGGGUUCACAAAUUUGUACAUCCAGUACCCUUUCUAUGUUACCUAUGCCUACGAUUUCUGCACGCAAAAACUGGGCACGCCGUGUGUGAACGCGACUACCCGCGACGAGAUGCUGUCGAUGAUGCCACACUGCCUUGAUCUGAUUGCGCAGUGCAACUCCUUCCCGGACGACACGGACGCGUCGUGCGGGGAGGCGACGAGGUACUGCACCGUUAUUGAAGGCAUGUUUGCUCGUAGCGGAUUAAACGCAAUGGACAUCACAAAGAAGAGCGUCGGUACUCUCGGCUACUCGAUGAAUCACACGCUGAAGUUUUUCUCCAACGCCGAGCUCCGCGCUCGACUUGGAGUGGCAGACGGCGUGCAGUGGUCUGUGUGCAACGACGACGUCUCUCAGCUGUUCGAUAACGAUGAGCUGCGUAACUUUGACUACGCUAUCCCGCCGAUCCUCGCCGCCGGUGUGCCUGUGAUGUUGUACGUCGGAGACCUCGAUUACAGCUGCAACUGGAUGGGCAACAAAGCUUGGGCAACGGCACUGGAGUGGCCUGGGAAGGCAGGGUUCAAUGCCGCUCCCGAUGUGGAGUUUACUGUGAACGGCCGUACUGCUGGACAAGAGCGGAAGUACGGCAACUUCAGCUUCGUGCGUGUGUACGAUGCGGGACACAUGGUGCCGAUGGAUCAGCCGGAAGUGGCGUUGGAAGUCGUGUCAAAAAUCUUACGCAAUGCACGAUUGGCAGAGCGAACGUAG